CAAAGGCGGGAGGGCCCAAAUCCGUUCGAACAGCGAAGAAAAUUUGUUCCAGAAGAUUUGAGAUUUAGGUUUUUGUUCCAAGGGAAGGGGGGAAGGGGGAGGUAGAGAAGUUGAGAUCGGUGGGGAGAAAUGGAUCAGAUCAUGGGGAAGGUGGGUGGGUACUGGUUCAAGCAGAACGCCGGCAAGGAGGUGAACAACCUCGGCGACGACAUCAAUUCGAUCUCUAGCAGCAUUGGAGAUAGCGCCAAAUGGAUGGUCAACAAGAUCAAAGGGAAGAUGCAGAAGCCGUUGCCUGAAUUCCUCAAGGAGUACGACCUCCCCGUGGGGCUCUUCCCGCAGGACGUGACCAACUACGAGUUCAACGAGGAGACGAAGAAGCUGACGGUGUUCAUCGCGUCGGCGUGCGAGGUCAGCUACAGGGACUCCUCCGUGCUCCGCUUCUUCACAACGGUGACCGGCCACCUGGAGAAGGGGAAGCUGUCGGAGGUGGAGGGCCUCAAGACCAAGAUCCUCAUCUGGACCAAGGUGACGGCCGUCAGGGCCGAGGCCGGCAAGGUGCACUUCGCGGCCGGCAUGAACAAGACCAGGAAUCGCGACGCCUAUGAGGUCGUCAGGGAUGGCCAUGCCAUAGACAAGUUCUAGGUUUGAUUGGUUAAUUUUAGCUGGUCUGUGAUGGAUCAUGGCAGCAACCGUGUGUCUGGAGCUUUGUUGUGUGUGUAGUUGGCAGCUAGCGUUUGCUUCUCGAUCAUGGGCUGUUGGCAAAAAUCUGUCGUGCUGUUUUUACCCGUACAAGAGUGCUGCUGGCUGCUGUUCGUUGUGGUGUUAACUUGUUAUCGAGGUCAGGUGUAUAUCUCUCUUCUGUGUGUAAAGAAAAGCAUACUGUCUGCAAAUUAAGCAACCGUUUAGGGCAACAAAGUUGGAUCGAAGGCAAUUUGAGCAUAUGCAGUGCAAAAAUCAUGCACUGAUCUU